UUUGUCUUGGAAAAAAUGGCUCCAAGAGGGGAUUCUUGGAGGCACAAUGAAGAAGUUAUUCUUUGCCAAGCUUGGAUCACCGUUGGGGGUGAUGGUUGCAUCGGAAAAGAUCAAAAGUCGGAUUUAUUGUGGAGUCGUGUGGCGGAGGAGUACAAUGCUCACAGACCGGCCGGUUGCAUGGAGAGAACACAUUCUAGUUGCCACUCUCGUUGGAAGAGAAUAAGUCCGGCAUGUAUGAAGUGGCGCCAAGCUCUUAACAAGGUCGAACACUUUCAACGAAGAAGCGGCGAAAAUAUGGAGGACGAGCUCAUGAAUGUUAAAUCAACGUACUACGACUCGGAAGGUUGCGAUUUUGUGUUUGAGCAUUGUUGGCAAUACUUGAAAAAUACGGAAAAGUUUGGGAAAACGCCAUCAAUGGAAAACACCCACUUUAGUCCUAAUCAUGUCAACUUGGAUAGCGAUGAAACACCCACUACUGAGGAUGAGCUUCCCUCAUCAAGAAAGGCACGUCCUCAAGGACAGAAAGCUCAGAAGCUAGCUAAGAAAAAAAGCAAUAAGCAGGAUGCGGAUGGCCUACGAGUUCAAAUGCAGAAAUGUUAUGAACAAACCGAACGCAAGUACCAACAAAGGCAAAGACAGUUUGAGGAAGGUCAACUAAUUGAGCAACGCGCUGAGGAUGCUCGCACGAUGCAGGUGGAUCCAUCAAUUUUCACCCCAAGAAAGAGGAGUUAUUGGGAGAGGAAGCAACAACAAAUAAUUGAUAAGGAGGCCGAAACUUCAAGCAUCCCGGAACAAUCUCAAUAUCCUACACCCCCUGAAAGAGACAACACUGGAUUGACCACUUAUGAUCCACUUGGCGAGACAUCUUGGAUGUAA